AUGGUACAUAAUACAGAAGACAAUAUUAAUGAACUUCAUCAUCAACAAGUUGGAAAUGGACACGAGCAUGGGAAUAGAGAUGGUCAUGCACAUGGACAUGGACAUGGACAUGGACAUGGACAUGGAUAUGGACAUGGAUAUGGACAUGGACAUCAUUCAUGGAAACCAUUAGUAGAUGUGUAUGAAACUGAUUUGGACAUGACAAUAUAUAUUGAGUUGCCUGGAAUGAGGAAGGAAGAUAUACAUUUGGAUGUUAUUGGCAAUGAACUACAAAUCAAAGGAGAGAGAAUAUAUCCUUCAUCCACAAUGAUGGAGGAUCGUCAAUAUACUUCACAUUCACAUUCACCAACAUCAGCUUCAGCACAAUCACCAUCAAUCAAUGAAAUAGACUUGGAUCACCAUCUUGAAGAUGAACAACAUAAUCAUGGGGAUCAAGAACAUAAUGGAGGUGGAGUAGGAGUUGUGGGAACAGUCAAUGAUGGAAUAUUCAGAAGAAUGGAGAUACAAAGAGGUAGAUUCAAUCGAAAGUUCAUGUUACCUGUUGACAAGGUUGACAUAAGUUCAAUCGAAGCCGAGUACAAUCAAGGUAUACUCGAAGUCAAACUACAAAAGGUGUUAUCACUUCCAAUUAAUGGUGUAAAUAGCAUAAAGAUAGAG